AUGGCGCAAGCCCCAGACCAACCCGAGAUCGAGCCGCUGGAUCCCAGCACCAAAACCCUCAAGUGGAAGCCGCUGCCGCCCUGCAAAGGGGCGAUCGUCGGGUACCAGCUGAACAUCACGGCCAGGAGAGAGUACGACAGCGAUUUCCUCGAGGUCGAGGAGCUGCGGGUGAAUCAGUCCGUUAACAAGUACCUGCUGCAGCCCUGGAGACACGGGACCAACUACUCGGUGACAAUCCAGGGCCUCACGGCUGCCGGCCUUGGGCAGGCGUCGCGCUGGGACUUUGAAACCAACUUCUUUGCCCCAGGUAAACCCGAGAUCGAGCCGCUGGAUCCCAGCACCAAAACCCUCAGGUGGAAGCCGCUGCUGCCCUGCAAAGGGGCGAUCGUCGGGUACCAGCUGAACAUCACGGCCAGGAGAGAGUACGACAGUGAUUUCCUCGAGGUCGAGGAGCUGCGGGUGAAUCAGUCGGUCACCAAGUACCUGCUGCAGCCCUGGAGACACGGGACCAACUACUCGGUGACAAUCCAGGGCCUCACGGCUGCCGGCCUUGGGCAGGCGUCACGCUGGGACUUUGAAACCAACUUCUUUGACACAUGCAGGAGGCAGGGACCCUGGACCACGAAUGUGACCUUUCCCUCCGAGCUGACGGUGUUUUGGGUGAAUGACACGGUGCUGGUGACGUGCCCCGAGAAGCCUGAACCCGGCCCGUUCCCUGCAAACUGCACAGAGCUGAAGGACCGCGGGGCAGUCUGGGAUAUCAGUGGAGUCAAGUGUCUCAGGAUGUGCAAUGACUGGAUGAGGCACGUGGAUUUUGACCCUGCACAGACGGAGUUCGGUGUCGGCGCCAAGGGUCGGGUGACCUGUCGUCAGGAGUUCCAGCAGGACUCGUUCAGUGUGACGUGCAGAGAGAUGGAGUCGGGACGAUUCGAGUGGGAUUCGGGUGCACACACGUGUGUCAGAAAAUGUGAAAUACCCAGAACCUGGGACUCCAGAUUGCAGUUUGCCCCCAAGAGGCAGUUCUACUCCCCGGGUGAACUGGUGACACUGAGCUGCCCAGAGGGACAUCGGCCAUCACCACCUGUGAUAGUAUGUGCUGUGACCCCACAGCCACCGCGGCAGCCCGAGGCCCUGGGGGUGGGCCUGCCCCAGCGUGCACAGCAGUCUGGCCCCGGGGAAAGCGGCCAGUGGGUGCUGGGACCUGGCUCCGACUGCAGCCUGAAGCCGAGGUGUCUGCGAGCCCACGGGCCAGCUGGGCUGCCCUGCCUGAGCUAG